AUGAACCUAGACCAAGCGUCUCUAGGUAGUCCCGUCGCAAAGCGGCGAAGUUUGCACGGUAUUUCAAGUUUUGGUCAAAACACAUCUGAUUUCAACAUUUUCGACAAUACCGGCAGCACCACAACUAAGACCAAUUUCGACAUCCACGACGAGGCCAGCCGGGAGCGCGAGUACGAACUCUUUGGUUCAAGUGUUUCUGCUCGGGAACCUCUCCCUUCGCCGACCCCGCCUCCCCAGAUUCCGAGAAGAACUGGGUCGCUUCGACGAUCCACGCUUCAGCAAAGACAGCACGAUAGAAGCUCCUGGGGACGCAAGUCUGGUGCCAAUCACCUAGCUCAAAUGGGCGGGGAAUUCUCUACUCCCAACGUCAAGAAUCGACCGCGCCUCUCGAUGGACCAGUUCCUUCCUCCUCAGCUCCCUCGGGACAGCCCAUUCACCUCCAACGGGCCCUUGCCCAACCCUUCAGCUCACCCUGUAGAGCGACCUUCUCAUCAGCCUCACCCUCUGUCCAAGACUUUGGUGACUUCAACGUCUGGCAAUAGCCUCGAGGAGCAGAAUAACAGCAUGCCUCCUCCCUACGUCUUCGAGAAGCCACGAGCCCCCCUUAAUUUUGCCAGGUCAAUGCCUUACGGAUCAUCUCGACCCUCGUUCAUGCAGGAAGAGGGCGAGAACGUUACACCUUUCAAGGCAGCCAGGCCUUGGGCGGGAGCUUUUAUGUCGACUGGUCUUGUUUCCAAGGUGAACCGCAAUCCCGAGGAGGACAACAAGUUGAUGAUGCCCGACACCCCUUGCAAAAAGCCUACCAACGGCUUUGCAACAUUCCCACCCCCGCCUGGCAGUGCGAUCAAGAAGAGCAAUCGGUACUCUUUUGGCGGCAUGCCCUCAACACCUUUCAACCCUCCAGGAGCGCCAUCUCGCAGCACAUUCGGCAACACUGGAAAGGGGCUGGGUAUCUUCCAGCGACUCGGAUCACGCCAUGCGCGCCGUGGCAGUGUCUUGAGCCUGGAUGAAGAUAAGAAAUUCUCCCUCGACACAAACUUCAACGUCGGCCCUGGGGCUGAAAGUGAUGCCCCUCCGACUCCUACAAAGCAGGGUCUCACACCCAGCUUGAGCAACCUAAGCGAACAAAGCAUUGAGAGCCCCAGCGCUAAGAGGUCACUUCCGCCUCCCAUGUCUGCUGUCCGGCCAAUGAUCUCCAGAGAAUCGACUGCUAGCCCAGUGGAACAGCGCUCCCCGCGAACGCCCUCGACUCACGUCGUUCUUCCCGACGCCAGCUGCCUAUCGAUCUCUAAUCCUGCCGAGUCGAAGAGCACAACUACUCCAGUCACGCCCUCUGGACGUGACUCCUUCCAAAGCACUACCUCUCAACUCAUGACUCCUGUCAAUGCUGGUCGUGGCGACGCAGAUGUUGAUGACUCACUCUACUCUCGGUUUGACAAGGUCGAGAUGGUUGGCAAGGGAGAAUUUUCCUCUGUCUACCGUGUGGUCAAGGCUGGUUACUCUCGUGCCUCAUUCCUCUCGGUCUUUAGUGGAACGCCUACGAAGAACCAUCGCGAGAGCCCUGAGCCCGACCGCAUUUACGCCGUGAAGAAAGCCCGUCGCCAAUUCACGGGACCCAAGGAUCGCUUGUCCAAGCUCAGAGAAGUUCAUGCACUUCAAGCCCUGACACACGCAGACCAUGUUGUUCACUACGUCGACAGCUGGGAGUACAACCAGUACCUUUACAUCCAAACUGAAUAUUGCGACGAGGGUACUCUAGACAAGUUCCUCAGCAAUGUUGGUCGCAAGGGCAGAUUGGAUGACUUCCGUAUCUGGAAGGUCAUCCACGACAUCGGCUUGGGUCUGCAAAGCAUUCACGAAGCUGGUUUUAUUCAUCUCGACUUGAAACCGGCGAAUAUUCUCAUUACCUUUGAGGGCAUCCUCAAGAUUGGCGAUUUCGGGCUAGCAACUGAGUGGCCCGCCGCCAAGGGCGUCGAUGCGGAAGGAGACAGAGAAUAUAUCGGCCCUGAAAUCCUGCGCGGCGACUUCAACAAACCUGCAGACAUAUUCUCGCUCGGUUUGAUCACUAUUGAGAUGGCCGCCAACGUCGUCCUCCCCGACAACGGUCCAACUUGGGUUGCUCUCCGUUCUGGUGAUCUUUCUGAAGUCCCUAGCUUGACCUUCAGCGCCACCACCACAACCACGGCUCACCGAGACGCAGCUGGGGUUCCUACCAUGCAGUCCUUUGACGACCCGCUGCUCGGCCAAACCAGUGCUCCAGAUAUCAGUCUGCAUUCGGCAGCUGCUCCCACUCGUGUGAGUGUGGUUAUGGACGACGAGAGUCCUUUCAUCACGCGCAAGCGCACCGAGCUCAGGUCACCUCCGGACUUCAUGAGCGAUCCUUUCCACCCUAGCUCUCUCGACCAAAUUGUUCGAUGGAUGAUUAGCCCCGAGCCGAGCGAGAGGCCCACCAUUCAACAGUUGCUGUCCACUCCCUCAAUGAUGUGGGUUGCCCAACGUCGCAGAUCAGCUGCGACUGUCUUCGAAGGUGUCUGGGGACCUAGCGAGUCGACCGCACUCCCAACCUUGGUGGACGAAGACACCGAAAUGAUGGACGUUUGA